GAAAAAUCAAACAUCCUUAGAUGCAUUUCCCAGGUUUUCACCUGAAGAUAUGGGUUUUUCCCCCCGUUACCUUAGCUUGUGUUUGCCAUUACUCUGCUGGGUAAGAUGGUAGAAUGACGCCCCUGAACUCAGUGAUAAAUACAUGACCUUUGUGAACCUGUUUGGGCUUAACCAUGUAUUAAUAUGUCAUGGUGGGUCACAAUUGCUGGGUGAUGGAAUCAGUGACCCACUGACCUUCGAAGCUGAUGAUCUUAAUGAGCUGCUUACCUGCCUGUCAAAGCUUCCAGAGGACCCAUUGCAGAGAAAUGCUGCUGAUCCUUCAGACACAAUAAAGCCAGUUUAGGGUCCAGGUCAGUACAGCGACCAGUAACCUGUUAUUGAUUAAUGGCUUUAUUUUGUCCCCUUCCUCGUUAUCAAGAGAUAGAUGUUUUUUGAAGAAAAGAACCAGUAACACAGAUUUCUUUUAGUUUUACAGCCAUCAGAAAAAGGUAAGCUCUUAAAGUUCUGUUGUCCUCCCACUUUUCUCAUUAUGUGUGUGCUGGUGAUAAGCUAGCAUUUGUACAGGUAGUGCAGCCAUAUUUUUCCCUGUUUGUGCCUUUUUUUUCCCCCUCCAUCUCAAAAUCAGUGGCAAACUUCCAUCCAAAACUCUGCAGGAUUGAUGUAGUGGCCAGUGAAAUCAGUGGUAUUGCUUCUGCCAGAUGAGCAGGAUGAGGUCUCAUUCUGACCUGUGAGACUUUAACUUCACUGUCUUCUAUUUAACUUCCUUACAGCCCUCCAUGUGUUUUGAGAAACCCCAAUUCUGCCUUUCUUUUGAGAUGAUUUCACCAUGAUCUGAGUCAAGUUUCAUUGUUGGUGCUGUUGUGUUACCCUGUGGUAACAGCUGAAACUACAUGCAAACAAAAAAUCUUAAUUUAGCAGCUUGGGAGCUCCUGGUUGAAUUGUAGUUACAAAAGGUGAAACCUUCAUCUUGGUCCUUCCUCACUACAUCGAACUGCAGAUAUAAGGUUGUGAGUUUUCCUUACAUAUAAGAAAUGGAAACAAAGGGGUUUGUCCUCAGCUGGAGUACAGACGUCGUGCUGCCAAAAUCAGAACUUCAUACCAAUCAAGCCUGUGACCUAAUGCGUUUGCCUGCAUGUAAGAUGAGAUGAUUGUGCCAAAUGUAAUUAGCUAAUGUCUGAGCAGCUCUUUGAGCUCCCAAAGCAGGAUGCCAGUGCUGAAUGUCAGGAGUCUCUAAUGUUUUUGUGGGAUUAUGAAAUAUCUUAUGUAUGAUUUUGUCUGACAAUGGCUCUUCUCCUAUUGCCACUAGGUUACAAAAGGGACUCCUCCUCUAGAAAGCAGAUAAUUUUUUUCUCCUCCUCCAGCACCAGCCUAAUGAAAAAAAAUUGUGUUUCUUUUACUCUAAGGUGGAGAAGAGCUGCUCUGGAGCAAAGUAGCAGCUUCUGUUUUCCUGCUUCAUGACAAACUUAAUUUCCUCAGGCAAGAUCCUCAACCCUACUCAAGUAUUUGCCAAUAUAAAGAACUGAAACAAUACAGAGGAUACAGAUAUCUUGAAUUCUCCCAAAUAUUCUCCCUGAACAUCUCAAUCUUCAAGUCGCCACUUCAGUAGGCCCUUGCAAGAAGAUAUAAGCUCAGGCUAACAAACCCCAUGAUAUUUGGGCCCAGCUCCAGAUCCUGUUAAGGGUAAUGGAUGCAGAAAGAAUAUUCAUUCAGGAGCUCUUUCAAGAGUGAGAAGCAAGGAAUGCUCUUUUGCUGCUAUGCCAGAAGCGCAGGGGGACAGCAGCAUUCAUCCCAUAAACCAGCCAUGGAGUUCUGUGCUUUGAGGAUGCCGCCACUGCUGUGAGUCUUUUCAUGGCCACCCACCACUGUGACUCCAUGAGAAAUCAUCAUUGAAAUUAUUCUUGUAACUCCUUGACUGAAGUAUUCAGUUAAAUAAUACUGCAGCUCCCUGUAUUAGGAAAAGUAUAACUGUGAGUAUUUAAUAUGUAUGAAAAACAGUAAACUAUACCUAUCUGAUUCAACCUCAUAAAUUAAUAAUACUUUUGCUAGGCUCCCACUGCCUGAAUGAAAUCUAUGAACAUUCUGUGAUACUGUCAAUAGAGAAACUUACUUCAGAGCUAGGAACAAAUGUCUUUAUGACAGCUUAUUACAACAGCUUCCUUUGCAUAACAUUGACAAGGAGUUUGAUUCAAAUAUUCAUUCUGAAUUGCUAAAUGAUGGGUAGCAGUAAGCAGCCUCCCAAAUCUCUCCCUUCUUAUUUAUUUUCAUGCUUAAGUAAGUUUCAACAUGGCUGUACAAACGGCUUCUAUCUACAAGCUCCACUAUACAAACAACAUCAUCCCAUGAACAGCGGCUAGGAGGUAUCAAAACGCCUAAAAUCAAAAGCAUAAUGGCUACUUCCCAAAGUCUGCCAGUAAACCUUUGUGGUACAGCUGUGUAAGGGUCAACACAAUGAAUUACAACAGAUUUCUUUCUUUUAGCAUGUCUUGAAACUGUAAUAGUCCUGCAUUCCCUAGUACUGCUUAGUUACCUGCUGUACCUGUUUUACUCAUUAGCUUGUGUGUACAGACACUGGAACUUCUUUCCAGAACCACUGCGAGCCAUGAACGUGUCUUUGAGGAGAGUCCUACCAGCCAGCAAAGCGUAGUGGAGAGACCAUAUUCUGCCUUACAACAAAUGCUGCUGUCAAGCUGUAGAACCCUCCAAAAUCAGGGGAAGAAGACUUUUGAAAAAAUAUCUUGAAACUGCCACGUCUCUGGCCCAUCUGCUUUGCCCAUCAUGAUGAGCAAUUUAUCCAACAUCUUGUCUUACUCAUAUAUCUGGGAAAAACUCUGUGCAGAGUGAUCAGUUUCUUUUUCAAGACUCAAUUUGAUGUGCAAGGCUGUAAGCAAGAAUAUUGGGUGCUCUGACUCAUUCUCUUGGAGGGCUAUUUUUAUGAUUGUUCUCCAUGCAACUCCAUCUUAAAACUCUCAGUUAAUGUUCUUAAAUAAUUUUCACAGCUUUUUGCUGAGCCAUCUCAGCACAGUGGUUCUUCCCUCUGAGGUAAGAAUGUUUCCCAGGUUCUCAGGAAUAGUACUAUCACUGCAGUCUGUUAAAUUACACUCUUGGCUGAGUACUUCCUUCAUGUUCUUUACCUCAGUAAGUGGCUACAGAUCAGUGCCAUUUAAAAUUUAAUCAGUCUUGUCCUAACAGGAUAUACUUCUUGGAUUUUAACCCAUCUUCUACAUAAAACAAAUCACUAAAUUCAGCUACAAUAACUGCCUCAUGACAGAAUCUUUGUCUGACCAACCUCUUAACGAGAUCUCAUUAUUACAAAUUGCUCCUGAAUAUCUAUAAUAUCUUUUGUAGCUCCACACAUCUCACCACUUCCUGUCUCCUGCUUUCUUUACAAUCCAUUAGCAUCCCUUAGCAAUCUCAUUUGAACAAUUAAACUGUACUGUUUCUAGCAAUGCACAAGGAACCCCAGGGUCUGCUAUUAGGUCUGUGACUUCUGAGCACCCUAGGGCAGGAUUCACACAGUCCAACUUCACAGAGCCCAGGUUCCUCCUACAGUUCAUGGUCCUCAGAGAAAGAUUCAGUGCAGGUUGUUGGCCUGAUGUGACCAGUAACUCCACCAGUCUCUGAAUCACUCUUGGAAGUCUCCCAUAAAGGCACUUAAACUAAAUGUCUGACGUUAGAUGGUAAGAAUCUACAUCCUUUCCUCAUACUCCAGUUUCAAGACUCCCUGGCUAAUCUCUGCAUGCAACUUUGCCCUCUCUAUAGAGGGUUGAUUUGCCAGCAGCUUUUUGUUGUGCUUAUUUAUGUUCAACAUUAAUGGCUCAAACUGGCUCAUGUGAGCUGGAUGUUCUCAUUCACAUGCCUGAUAAUAGGUUCUUAUUUACCUGUGAGUGUUACAGUCACAAGCAAACUCAUUAAGUCAUUACAGUGUUUCCCUGAAAAUGUUCUCAUGGAUUAAAAGGCUUGAGUGGUCCUGGAAGAUGCUGGUCCACUGCAGAGGAUAAGUCCAUAGUCUCCAUCCCUACUGAAAUCAAUUCUAAAAUUGUGUGGAGUGAUGCGAAUAGUGUUUUCUGAGGUUGUCUGGUGAUUCUGUUGAAGUCCCCUGAGAACAAACACAUCAGAUUUUACAGUUACAAAGAGCUCGUGCCUAAAGACUAAUGGGUACCUUGGCAAGCAGAUGUAACUUUGGUGUUUCUUAUUCCUUUCUAAAGAUACAGAAUAUUUUCUUUUGAUAUUUUGGUAAAUCAGCAAAUUCUCAUUCCCUGUUAUAUUCCAGGCAUGCAGCUGAGAGAUUAUUAAUGAAUAUGAAAGUGAAAAUACUGCAUCUAUAUUUCUUAUGUUGUUACUGUGUUGACUGCAUUACAGCCUGUAAGGAUAACAACGAGAAAGGGGAAACUGUGACUCUAUUCAAGCCAAUUGCAAUACUCUCAGUGACGAAAGUAGCUCAUUGAUAAAGCUCUAAGCACACCUUACUGUUUUCUGUAACUUUUAACUAAUGCAAUGCUCUCAGGCAGAGCAAAAUUUCAACUCUAGCCUUUAUCUGAUCAGAAGUCUCCCCAUGCAAGUACAAAGUUCUUCUUUUAUUAAAUGUCACAAUAAGAACCUGUUGAUUUCUGGGUGUAAGCUCUCCUGCUUUUACUCACUAACUUAAAAAUCACAAUGGAAGCAGAUCUUUAUUUUUAAAACCUACCAUUUGGGCAAGAAAAGCCCCCACAAAACAAAUAAAUAAAGCUUAAUACUGAAUAUUUCCUUACCUUCCCUCCUGCAUCCCUCCCCAUGGAUUUCACCUUUACAUGUGUUAUGUUCAGUACUGACUUGCUAAAACUUGGCCAAAAUACUCCAGGCCUCUGAGGCACCGAAAUGCUUUAAAAUGGUUAUUUUCUGCUAGUCUUCAAUCUUUUUUCUAAGUUUAGCAAGUCAUUAGGCUUAGAAGAUGACAAAUUAAGCUGAGAUCCAAGGAACUUCCUUUGCAGGCUUAAGCCACUUGCCAGUGGAGCUCACUGACACCAGAAAUGAGAAACUAAGAGCAUAACGACGUUCUCCGUGGAGGCAAUGCGAACUCACUUGAAAGCGUUUAACUGCAAACAGUUAAAGUUUCGCCAACGAGCGGAACAGCCGAGGCCCGUGUGGCUCCGGACCCGCAGUGCCAGCGCCGGGGGAGGGGCCGGGCAGGGCCAGUCCGGGGAACCCCCGCUAGUCCCCGGCCACACGCAGCCGGGACACGGUAGUUGGGAACCCUCGACGUCUUUGGUUCACUUUUCCUUUUUCCCGUUCCCUUGCGUGAAUUUUCUCCCGGGUUAAGAGAUUUCUUGCCAGAGGAACCGUGGGCGGGCAGCCCCCACCCCCGCGCUGCCGGUGCCGGUCCCAGGGAGGCGCCGCUCCGGGCGGCUCCCUUGGCUCGGCGCCGCGGCGGGGUCCCGCCUGCCCGGUGCGCGGCGCUGGGCUUUCCGAGCCGCCCGCCCUCCGCACCGCAGCCCCAUGUCUGCGCUCCCCGCCGGUGCCGACAUCAAGAGGGCUCUGGAGAACAGCCCCGAGACCAACAUCGAGGAUGAGCUGCCCGACGAGCCGCCGCAGCCGCGGCCCAAGAACUACCUGCUCCUCAGCAUCCUCGCCUGCUUCUGUCCCGCCUAUCCCGUCAACAUUGUCGCCUUCGUCUUCGCCGUCAUGGCUUUAAACAGUUAUAAUCAAGGAGAUAUAGAAGGGUCAAAAAGACUGGGUCGCAAUGCGCUCUGGGUCGCCGUUGCAUCAAUUAUCAUUGGACUUGUCAUCAUUGGGAUCUAUUGUGUAGUUCAUUUCACAACGCAUGCUAUCUGAAGACCAGGACUGCACUUGGAGGAUAUCAUCAUGUAAAUCUCAGGAGGAGAAACAGAAGAUGAGAAGGAAACCCUUCAUUCCAGACUGUUAGAUUUGACCCUACAAGUCUGCAGAGGCAUGUUGCUGGCGGAUGAACUGAUAGUCCAGUUAGUUAAUCAGCAUGGCGUGACCAGGUUUUCAAAAUUAUUUAUUUUUAAAGAAUCUCAUUAUAAAGCAGCAUUUUCUCUUUUACCCUAAUGUAUCAUGAGAUCUUACCCUAACAACUCCCUUUUCUUUCGCAUUUAUAUGGAAUGUAUGCUGGAUCCACAAUGUUCUCUGGCUGAGCCUAGCCAGACAAAGCCAACAGAUCUGGACUGUUUAUGGUGCACAAUGUAAGAUUUGGUGCACAGCCUGCUGAAGCUGGUAGAACUCCUGUUGCCUACCGUGGGUUUUGGAUGAGGCCAUUAAGGAUUUUUUUUAAUUACUUUAAUCUCAACAUAAUACAAUCAUAACCAUGGGUUUGUGAUUUUAUUCUGCUAUGUGAUUUUAUAAUGCCAUGGGUGUACUUUGACUCAGCAACUGCUUUCUUCUGUAAUGCUCAGCUUUUAGGUCUUUACCUUAGAUUUUUAACCACCUGGGACCGAUUCCAGUCACUUGAUUAUUAAGAGACACUCUUCUUCCAUAGCAUCCAUAUUUUUCUUAAUGAUUUAUUUUUGUUUUGUUGUCUUUCAUUGUUGAAGUCCCUUGGCUUAGCUCCAGUUCUGCAUUAAAGUUGCACAUGAUUAUAUUUUCCUCUUUAAACUUCACUUAUGUUAAAAGUUCUUAUUUUUUUAUCUGACAAAAGAUCCUCUUUUUAAAUAGAUGUUCUUCAUCCCUUUGUUAUUGUUCUUCUAGCAAGUCACAUAGUUUCAUUGCGUUCUGCUUUGUUCAUGUCUCUUUUUUUAUUCAGUUCAUCCUUUCAUCUUGCCAUGAAAUGUCUGUGUAUCAAUGCAGUUAGAGAUGGACGGACUUUUGUACCUUUAUGUAGUUACACACGCUCUUGCUGAUCCUAAGAUAUUCCUCGGUGAAGAGUUUUAGGUUACAGAAUUCAUGGCCGCUACUGCAGUUUCUUGAUACCUUAUGAAAAUUUAGUAUGGGGCAGCUGUUUUUUAUUAGCUGAAAACUAUUUGAAAGAAUGUAUUUGUUUUGCCACACAAAUAUUCCAUGUUAAAAGGAGUAAACUCUGAGUGUUAAGACGGAUGGCUACAUCUUCAGCAGUUUUUGCUCCAUUUGCUUUAAUUGUUAUUACAUCUUCGAGCAAGCUCUGCCAGCUUACACUUACUCUGCUUGCACUAACGUAAAUCUGGACUGAUGACCCCGAAAUGCAUGGGAGUUUUGCCAGUGCAAGUGAGAAAAGACUCAUACCUGGCAGGAGUACAACCGCCUAUUAAAAUAAAUAAUAAUCUCCCAGAAACCUUUACCUGUUAAAGCAUAUGCCUGGAAGUAGCAUGUAUUUUCUGUGCCUUGAUAUUAUACUUUCAAUGUGCUUUUUUGCUUUUCUUUGUGCCAAAUUUUGUCUUUCAUUGAAGUCACUGAUGCAUCACCUAUCCUUACUUACUCCAGUAUAAAUCUUCAUGAACGCUGGUGAAAUCAGUUGAUCUCUUCAGCAUUUACACUGAUCGAAUUUGUCCACGUGGGAAUCUUGCCACCGAUUUUGAUGAUUCCAAUGAUUGGCUGUUCUGUGAACUCCUCUUUGGUUUUUGAAUACUAUUUCAAUGGUCUGAUAUGUCUUGUGGGACUUUUAGUAGCUUACCUUAUUGUCAGAUAUGAUAGAACUGUCAUUGAGAAGUGGAAUAAAAUUACUUUUAAUUCAUGUCUA